UGUCUGCUUGUGUCAGUUGAACAGCCUUAAUUUGUUGAUAUAUUUGCAAAUCAGAGCCAAGUCGAAACACCCUUUCACUUCUCACGAUUCCAGGCAUCGUCUUAUUUAUCAAGUCUAAAAAAGAUUGGUUUAAGCGAACGAAAAGGGGUGUGACUGUUGGCUUAGUAUUCAGCGACGAGCAGGUAAAGCUGCCUGUACAGAAGGCACUCCACCAGGCUAUGUACAUUCAAAAGCCAGUGGUAAAGAAAAAAACGGAAAAGAUUGUGAAAAGGUAGACUACUAAAGUAACUGCCUGGAGAACCACGUGAAGCGAAUCUCAAACAGAGAAAUCAAUUCUUUGUUUCACCGACGCUGUCCGCAGCCGAGAAGAUUAUGUGAGGUAGCUUGGAUCAAGCUAACUCAAUGCUUUUCGAAGAAACAAUGUGUGGAAAGGGCAUGAUGUGCCAAUGGAAGGUCUACAGUGACAGACCUGCCAUUAAAGACAAGGUCAAGGAUGAGCCAAGGAAGGGGAGCAGCAAACAUAGCUGGUACAAAUGUGGAAGGAGACAAGGGAAAAGGGGGAGAGUGAAUGGACAUCACCUCACAAUCCGUCAACAAAAUCAGACAAGACAACGACUAUCGGGUGCGGCUUCAUUGCGCCCCGUCAACAUCCAAGGCAUCAGAGCUCCAGGUAUGAGAGCUCCAAAGAACACAAAUCAAUUUCUCAUGCAUGAGAAAUACCAGAUGAUGCAUAUGCGGUCAGACUCCAUUGGCACUGACAGUGGCUCUGACUGCGAAAUGGACUUUGCGGAUAUGGACUCUUAUCUUGGUGUGCUGGAGAACGCUAGAGGCGCACUACUGGACAGUCCCGAUCUUGGUCCUCGACAAAUGGGCGACUGUCAAACGUUUACCUUCUUCAGCUUUGGUGAGAUCGACCAAGAGGAAAGUAUGCAGUAUUUUCCAUCUGAAGACGAUGUGAUGCAAAGUGAAGAUUUUAUGCAGAAAGACUUCAACGAAUUCUGUGAUACAGUGGCUCCUGUGGCGCCAUGCCUUUAGUUAUAUGGCUAUCAAUCUGAUACACUUAAUAUAUUUACGCUAAUGUUUGGCCAAAUUGAAGAUUUCUCUUUUUUUAAACAAACUGUUGUUUAUAUUGUUUAUAAACAUAUUACGAACAUCUGUCAAUGUCAUUGUCAUUGUUAAGUAAAUCGACAAAAUUCUUUUGAAAUGUUUUGAUAUGGUGAAAGAAGGGCGUAGAGGUAGGAGUGAAACCGUACAGCCAAUCACAUUCAAGAUCAUGCCGUAGGCACACAGCGAUUGCUUGAUACAGCUAAAGCAAAUAAUGUAUAUGUUUCCCACAAACAAACGAAUAAAAUGUGAUAUGAUUCUUAUGUAAA